AUCUACACCGGAAGAAAACAACAGAGCGGCUAUGCUAACACGGUAGACGUCAUUUGAGUGAGUUAGCCAUGUAGCCGAGACUGCUACUUAAUAGUAAAAGACAUAAAUAAAAUACGCAAGCUCUAUUUAUCAACUCAAAUACAAGCACGACAGAAGAUAGUGAAGAAAGAUGCAGGCAGGUGACUCUAUAGUGGGUGCGACAAUGGGAGGAGCUGGUGCUCAAAGUCGAUCAGAGGAUGAAGAGUCACUUGUUGUCAAAGAUGUGAAAAGGACAGCAACGCAAGCAUUUGGCAGUGGUGUUCCCAAACGCAGAAGUUCAUCCAGGUCAAUAAAGAGAAAGAAGUUUGAUGAUGAGCUAGUGGAGAGCAGUCUUGUGAAGUCGUCCACUCGAGUCAAAGGCCCUCCCGUCAUAGAGCCUGUCCGCUGUUCAGGAAGUGAACCUUCAUCUAGUGAGAAAAAAAAGGUGACGAAAUCAGGACCUGCUCUGACACCACCUCUCACAAUGGUGAUAAACCCUGCACCUAUGACCAAAAGAGUGAAGAAGAGCAAGCAGCCUUUACAUAUUACUAAAGACUUGGGGCGAUGGAAACCUACAGAUGACCUGCUGCUAAUAAACGCAGUGUUGCAGACUACUGACCUAACCUCUGUUCAUCUGGGGGUGAAGUUUAGUUGUCGUUUCACUUUGCGUGAAAUUAAAGAGAGGUGGUAUGCUUUGCUGUACGACCCAGUCAUCUCAAAGCUGGCAUGGCAGGCCAUGCGGCAGCUUCACCCUGAAGCAAUUGCAGCAAUCCAAAGCAAAGCGCUCUUCAGUCAGGCUGAGGAGGUACUGUUGGGCAAAAUUGGUUCGAGUAGUCAACCCAAACUGGACGUGUUCCAGGAGCUUUUGAGCAAACACCCGGGCAUCUUUCACCCAUCUCGAACUCCCAAGAGCCUGCUGGUGCACUGGCAGCUGCUAAAGCAGUACUACCUACUGGAUGACCAGAGUGUUCAGCCCCUCCCUAAAGGCGACCAAGUCCUCAACUUCUCUGAUGCUGAGCAGAUGGUUGAUGAUGUCAAGUUAAAGGAGAGCAGAGAUGAGGUGUUGGAACAUGAGCUGAUGAUUUCAGAUCGUCACCAGAAAAGAGAGAUCAGACAGCUGGAGCAGGAGUUGCCCCGUUGGCAGGUUCUUGUGGACAGUAUUACAGGGAUGAGCAUGCCCGACUUUGACAACCAGACACUGGCAGCAUUACGAGGACGAAUGGUACGCUACCUCAUGAGGUCACGAGAGAUUACUUUGGGAAGAGCGACCAAGGACAAACAGAUAGAUGUAGAUCUUUCACUAGAGGGACCUGCCUGGAAAAUAUCAAGAAAACAAGGAAUUAUUAAACUAAAAAACAAUGGAGACUUCUUCAUCGCUAAUGAGGGCAGACGACCCAUCUACAUAGAUGGCAGACCGGUCCUGUCGGGAAACAAGUGGAAAUUAAACAACAACUCAGUAGUGGAGAUUGCAGGUCUUCGCUUUGUGUUUCUAAUUAACCUGGAACUCAUCUCACUAAUAAAAGCUGAAGCAGCCAAGAUGACGCAGCAGUAAAUGCCAGACACCCAGCAGGAGAACGGGUCCAUGCCAGUCACGUGGAUCCCCACCAGUGCUACAAAGAAUCAGACUGACAAUGGCCUUUGUUACCCAUUCACCUGAAAUGUGAAUUUCAAACAGACUGCAGCAAAAUAACAGGUUUUACUUGCCGUGUGGAUAUUUUCAUGUUGUAAUGUUGACACACUCACAGUUGUUUUUUCCAGUUUUUCCAAAUACAUUGUAUUUAAAUUGUGUAGUAAAGCUUUUUCAGCAUAUUAAACUUGUAUACACUCA